AUGGCGGGGGCGCGCUACUCGCGGCAGCAGUACGUGCUGGGCGGCGGCAGCGGGCGGCGGCUGCGGGCGGCGGCCGUGCUGGUGGCGGGGCUGCGCGGGGCCGGCGCGCAGGUGGCGGCGGCGCUGGUGCUGGCGGGGGCCGGGAGGGUCGUGCUGAGGGACCCCCGGGGGGCCGGCAGCGCCGACUGCGCCCAGCAGUUCCUCCUGCGGGAGAGCGAUGUGGGCCAGAACCGCGCCCAGGCAUCGCAGCGGCGGCUGGCCGAGCUGAACCCCGAUGUGGAGGUGACGGUCAGCGCCGAGGAGCUGUCGGAGGAUUUCCUCGACGCCUUCCAGGUGGUCGUGCUGACCGAGUCGCCGCUGGAGGAGCAGCUCCGUGUCGGGGACAUCUGCCAUGCCAAGGGCAUCUGCUUCAUCGUGGCUGACGCCAAGGGGCUGGCAGGGCAGCUCUUCUGCGACUUCGGGGAGCGUUUUGUUGUUGACGACCCUGCAGAAGGGGACCCGCUCUGUGCCACCGUGCAGCACAUCUCCCAGGGCAACCCGGGGAUCGUGACGUGUGCGAGGUCACAGGGGGGACACGGCCACCAUUUCAGUGAUGGCGACCUGGUGACAUUUUCCGGCCUGGACGGCAUGACGGAGCUGAACGGCUGCGAGCCCUGCCCCGUGCGUGUGCUGGAUACCUUCAGACUGGAGAUCGGUGACACGAGUGCCUUCUCACCCUACCGCUGCGGGGGCCAGGUCUUGCAGGUGCGAUUGCGCCAGGAGCACUCACAUGAGUCCCUGCGCCAGGCGCUGGCGAUGCCCGAGAUCCCAGUGAGAAGCUCCACGGAGCUGCAGCGCAGCCGCAGCCUGCACGCCGCCUUCCGGGCUCUGCACGCCUUCCGUGAGGAGCGGGGCCGCCUGCCCCAGCCCCGGGCACCGGCGGACGCUGAGCGGGUGCUGGAGCUGGCGCGGAGCCUGGGCGCGCAGCUGGGUCCCCUGGACGAGGAUGUCGUGCGAGCGUUCGCCAGCGUGAGCGCGGGGGACCUGUGCCCCGUGGCGUCCUUCAUCGGUGCCCUGGCUGCCCAGGAGGCGCUGAAGGCCAUCACGGGGAAGCUCCUGCCCCUGGACCAGUGGUUUUACUUUGACGCCUUAGAGUGCCUGGCCGUGGAGGGGGCUGCAGGACUGACACAGGAGGACUGUGAGCCCAGGGGAUCCCGCUACGAUGGCCAGAUCGCCGUGUUUGGGGCCAACUUCCAGGAGGAGCUGGGCCGCCAGAAGUACUUCGUGGUGGGGGCCGGUGCCAUCGGCUGCGAGCUGCUCAAGAACUUUGCCAUGAUGGGGCUGGCAGCGGGGCCGGGCGGGGAUAUCACCGUCACCGACAUGGACACAGUCGCAGACUCCAACCUGCAUCGACAGUUCCUCUUCCGUGCAGCGGAUGUGUCGAAGCCGAAAGCGGAGGUGGCCGCUGCAGCUGUGAAGCGCAUGAACCCCGACGUGAAGGUGACGGCUCACCAGAACCAGGUGGGGCCUGGCACCGAGCAGCUCUACGGGGACGACUUCUUCCAGCAGCUGGACGGCGUCGUCAGCGCCGUGGACACGCUGGAUGCCCGCGCCUACUUGGAGACGCGCUGCAUCCGCUCCCGCACGCCGCUGCUGGACUCGGGCACAGAGGGCGCACGGGGGAACGUGGUGGCCAUGGUCCCCCCCGUGACCAAGCCACUGGAGUCGGCCACAAGCUCCACGGAUGGGACCUUCCCCCUCUGCACCCUGCGGUACUACCCCCACACCAUUGAGCACACGCUGCAGUGGGCUCGCGAUGAGUUCGAGGGGCUCUUCCAGCUGCCUGCGGAGAGCGUGAACCAGUUCCUGGAAGAGCUGCCGGAGGAGCCGGCACAGCAGGAGGGCUUGGAGGUGCCAGAGCGAGUGUGGAGGAGCCUGCAGGAGAGGCCGCGGGACUGGGGGGACUGCGUGCGCUGGGCCCGCCGGCACUGGCAGAGCCACUACCACGAUGCCAUCGCUCAGCUGCUGCACACCUUCCCCCCCACGCAUGAAACCAGCCCCGGUGUCCCAUUCUGGUCGGGGGACAGGCGGUGUCCCCAUCCGCUGACGUUCGACCCCAGCAAUGACGCACACGUGGCAUACAUCAAGGCUGCUGCCCAGCUCUGGGCCCAAACGUACAAGCUGCCAUCAUACAGCAACCGCGCCGCCACGCAGGACAUCCUCCGCAGCAUCGUCCUGCCGCCCUUCGUGCCCCAGGACGGGCUCCGCAUCCCCACCACGGAAGGCACGGAGGUGGUGGAGGAGGCUGGGGACCCUGGGCAGCCGAUGGAGCUCACCCAGGACCUCGCCCAGGACCUGGCACGGUGGAGGCAGGAGCUAGGUGGAGGAACUGAGGAACAAGUGAUGGAGCCCAUCCACUUCGAGAAGGACGACGACGCCCACAUGGACUUCAUCAUGGCUGCGUCCAACCUGCGUGCAGAGAACUACGGCAUCCCCCCCGCCGACUGGCUGACGAGCAAGCGCAUCGCCGGGCGCAUCGUGCCCGCCAUUGUCACCACCACGGCAGCAGUGGCCGGCCUGGUGUGCCUGGAGGUCUACAAGCUGGUGUGGAGAUGCCAGGUCCUCAGCUGCUACCGCAACAGCACCCUGUUUCUGUCCGAAUGCCUCCUGCUCCGUGUCAAGCCCCAGCAGCCCCCCACCUACUGGUACCGGGGGAAGGAGUGGAGCUGCUGGGACCGGCUGGAGGUGCGGGCUGUCGGGGCAGACGGGCAGGAGAUGACGGUGGAGGAGCUGCUGGACUGGCUACAGAGGGAGCACGGGUGGACGGUGAGCAAGCUGCUGCGAGGCACCACAAUGCUGUAUGACUGGGAGGAUGACGACGAGACGCAGGCGCGGCAGCGGGCGCAGAAGCUGUCGGAUGGCAUGGAGCGUGCCGGGGCACUGCGGCAGCUGGAGUUGCAGUACCUGUGCAAGGGGGACAAGGAGGAGGAGUGCCCCCCGCUCCUCUGCAUCCUGCCCUGAACCCAGGGGAGGUCAUGCACCAGGGGGGUGCCCGCACACCCCCCUCAGCACCGCCGGCCCCAUGCAAUAAAAGCUGCAGGACAA